AUGUCGAGUGGACCACGAAAGAAGGCAUUGCUCAAGGUGAUCAUUCUGGGAGAUUCUGGAGUGGGAAAGACGUCGUUGAUGAAUCAAUAUGUGAACAAGCGCUUCUCUAAUCAAUACAAGGCCACAAUUGGAGCCGAUUUCCUCACAAAAGAUGUAAUGAUCGAUGAUCGUCUCGUCACAAUGCAGAUUUGGGACACAGCCGGUCAGGAGCGUUUUCAAUCGUUGGGCGUAGCUUUCUAUCGAGGUGCCGAUUGUUGUGUGUUGGCCUACGAUGUCACAAAUUCGACGUCGUUCAAGAAUUUGGACUCUUGGAGAGACGAGUUCCUGAUACAAGCCAACCCUCGCGACCCAGAUCACUUCCCUUUCGUGCUGUUGGGAAAUAAAAUGGAUCUCGAGCAAAAUCGAGCCGUUUCCUCAAAGAGAGCUCAAACGUGGUGCCAAAGCAAGAACAACAUUCCAUACUUUGAGGUGUCAGCGAAAGAAGCACUGAAUGUCGAGUCGGCCUUUCAAGCAAUCGCUCGUGAUGCACUCGCUCGAGAAUCUCAAGAUUCACAGGAUUUCCCCGAUUUUCCCGAUCAGAUCCGUUUGGACCCAAACCAAAACAAUCGUCAGCAGGGUGGAGGCUGCAAUUGC